AAUUUUUAGGGGUCUACCCGUUCCAAUGCCUGCGGUGAAAUUUGCAAGCAGACUUAGGAAGGUAUUACCAUGCAAAAAUGCAAAAACGAGCGGAGUUGUAAUUAAGCCACGUUUUGUGAGGAAUGCAUCAGCUGGAUAUCCGUUUAUUUCGCGCGGUUUGCAAAGGAAUCUUAAUGCUCUGAUCGAUGUUUAUUCUUUAACUGCUGAUAUGAAACCAUCAGAAAUGGCACCAUCCACGGUUAAAUCUCGUGUUAUUCAAAGUACGGAAGAGGAUGAUGAAGAUUUGGAGUUAGUUGUUGAUAGUGAUGAAGACAACAUCGUUGAUAACAAUAAGGAAGAGAUUAUCAGUCAAACCAGUGCAAGAAAUGAUCGAAUGAAUAGUAAACUGGGCAGCAUUUCGAAGGAAUCACGUCAUUAUCGUACGGAAAGUAUUUGUUUAGAAAUGGGUUAUGAAGAAGAUCCAUCAUCUGAAUCGUGAUAUAAAGAAAUUUUCUUUUUUGUUAGGCUAAUAUAAAAUUGCCGUUAUUGCAUGG